AUGGUCGAAUACGCACCUCACCCCCUUUCUUCCCUCUCGGUGGAGGAGACCAGCCUCGCGAGGGACAUUGUCCUGGCCUCCUCCCCAAACGAGGUCAUCCAGUUCCGCAUGAUCUAUCGACAGGAGCCUGAAAAAGCCCAGCUGGUCCCCUUCCUCGACCUCGAGCACGCGGGUAGGCUGACGACGGACACGCCCAGACCCCCGCGUCUCGCACGCGUGCAUUACGUGCGAGCAGGCAAGUCCGCAGAGCGCAAGGCGGACGAGAUCGAGGCAACGGUCGACUUGAACAAGAAGAACGUGGUAUCGAAAGAUGUCGUGGGCCAGGAGUUCCUGGCGGGUUUGAGCACAUGGGAGUUUGACGCCCUCGUGGAAACAUGCAAAGAAUCUCCCCUGCUCAAGGCCAGGAUAGCCCAGUUCUCGCUCCCCGACGGCUUCGACGUGAUUGUCGAGCCGUGGCCCUACGGCGGCAUGGACCAGCCAGGCGACGUGCGCCGCUUCUUCCAAGGCCUGUGCUUUGCCAUGGACCGACGCAGUGGCAACCCGGACGCCAACUACUACGCGUACCCCCUGCCCAUCAUCCCCGUCAUGGACUUUGAGAAGAACGAGAUCAUCCGCAUCGACGAGCUCGCGACGGGCGGCGGCGACGAUCCUCUCGCCGUCACGACACCCAAGACCGGGCCCAUACUCGACCACUGCGCGCCGGCCGAGUACGUCCCGGAGCUGCUACCAGGUGGCACGCGCAAGGACCUCAAGCCCCUGAGCGUGGUCCAGCCGCAGGGUCCCAGCUUCUCCAUCAAGGACGAGAGUCUCGUCGAGUGGCAAAAGUGGCGCUUCCGCGUGAGUUUCAACCCUCGCGAGGGCGCCGUCCUGCACGACAUCUGCUAUGAUGGGCGCAGCGUCCUCUAUCGCCUGUCCAUCAGCGAAAUGACCGUCCCGUACGCAGAUCCCAGAGCCCCCUUCCAUCGCAAGCAGGCCUUUGACUUUGGCGACGGCGGCAUCGGCCACGCCGUCAACAACCUCGCGCUGGGCUGUGACUGCCUAGGCGUGAUCAAGUACUUUGACGGUGUGCUCGUGGACGCGAGCGGCCGGGCCGAGAAGGCGUCGCAGGUCAUCUGCCUCCACGAGCAGGACGACGGGAUCGGCUGGAAACACACCAACUGGAUGACCAACCGCGCCGUGUCGACGCGCCGCCGCGAGCUCGUGGUGCAGUUCAUCAUCACGCUCGCCAACUACGAGUACGUCUUCAACUACAAGCUGGAUCUCGCGGGCGCGAUCAACGUCGAGACGCGCGCCACCGGCAUCGUCUCCGUCGUCAACAUUGACCCGGGCAAGACGGCGCCCUGGGGCAACGUCGUCCACCCGGGGACCCUCGCGCAGAACCAUCAGCACAUCUUCUGCGUGCGUAUCGACCCGGCCGUCGACGGGCACAGGAACACGGUCGUGCAGAGUGACUCGCUGCCCGUGCGUAUGGACGCCCGCACGAACCCGCACGGCAACCGAUACGAGGUCGUCGACACGCCGCUACUCACGUCGGCCGGCUUCGACGCCUGUCCCGAGGCGAACCGCGUCUUCAAGAUCCAGAACCUCGACAUCAGGAACCCCGUGUCAGGGAACCCGGUCGGGUACAAGAUCGACCCGCCCCCGACGCAAAAGGUCCUCGCCGACCCGGCGAGUAUCCAGGCCAAGAGGGGCUCGUUUGCCAAGCACCACCUCUGGCUGACAAAGUAUCGCGAUCACGAGCUGUACGCGGCGGGGCAUUACCCUCUCUCCAGCAAGGCCGAGGUCGGUGGCGUAGCCGAUAUGGUGGCGCGCAACGAGGAUCUGCUGCAGGAGGACGUGGUCGUCUGGAGCUGUUUUGGCCUGACACACAAUCCUCGCGUGGAAGAUUGGCCUGUCAUGCCUGUGGAGAUCCUACAGCUGCACAUCACACCGGUCGAUUUCUUCACGGCCAAUCCGGCCAUUGACGUAACGAGUGGGAAGGAUCCCGCGUCGAAGCUGACAAACGGUUCAUGCUGCAGGUCGGAGCAGCCCAAGUUAUGA